GUUGGCGUUUGCUGGACUAUGUCUGUAUUUUCUCCACUUUCUGAUAAUGUUCUGGUGAUGUUUCGUAUUUCCUCAACGACGACGUCAAGUUGUGAGACGUUAUCAGUUUGAGUUUUAUCACUGUUGUAAUUUUAGUAAUUUAUUGUAACAUUAAAAGCUUUUUAAAGAGUAUAAAUCCACAAAAUAUUAUACUUACAAAGUAAAUGUUUAGUAUUUUAUUGCCUAUAUCAUAUUCAGCUUCAUGGUAGACAUGCCAGAAUAACAAAGAAGUAACUACGUUAGUUUUGUUUACAGGCAGCACAUAAACACAGGCUUCUUUGCACGAGACUCCUCCCAGUGGUUGAAUCAUUGCCUGCUGUUUUCAGGAGGAGGGACAAUUUUGGAGUUUGGAGCUCACAGACUGGAGUUCUUCACAGUAAAGGAAGAGAGUUAGAGGGAAAAGAGAGAGAGAGAGAGAGAGAGAGAGAGAGAGAGAGAGAGAGAGAGAUAGAGGAGGAGAAAAAAGUCCCAAAGAAUGUUUUUCUCCAACUGAAAAGAUCCCUGAUUGGCUGCCUGGCUCUUUUGCUUUGAGACUACCCACUUCCUCCACAGCUCAGCAGUUGUAGUUUAACCUCCUUGGCCCCAUGCACGCUCUCUCAGCAAACCAUGUGAUUUUUUGAGCUUGUCUAAGCUUUGCAGCCUUAACAGGGCACCUUUAUCUGCCUACUUUCUCAGUCAAACUGGAAUAGUCACAGCAGAAUCCAGUGAGACCAGUGACAUCACUCUGGUCUUAGAGUUGCACAGUUUCCAGUGACAGCAGAGGAGUGAGGAGUGGCUGUGCAGAUUUUCACAGACGUGAAAAAAAAGUAGCUGGACAUGUUCUCCGCCACUGCCACAAUGCUCCGACGAGGAGCUUGGAGAAACCGGGACAGUCAUUGCACCGUGGCAACCAUUGUCUCCGGCAAAAAGACCUCACAACAUGUGAAGGAACGACUGAAGAAGGAGAUUGCUGAGAUGAAGAAUCAGUUACCAGGCUUCAGGCCAGGCCUGGUUGUGUUGCAGGUUGGGGACAGAGAUGACUCAAACCUCUACAUCAGUAUGAAACUCAAGGCAGCAGCUGAGAUUGAAAUCAAUGCAAACCACAUUAGGCUUCCGAAGACAGUCACAGAAGAUGAAGUUCUACGCUGUAUAGUUGCAGUCAAUGAGAAUCCUGAAGUCCAUGGUCUCAUUGUACAACUGCCCCUUGACUCCAUCAAUGCAAUAGACACAGAAAAAGUGACUAAUGCUGUGGCCCUAGAGAAAGAUGUUGAUGGCCUGACCAGUAUCAAUGCAGGGAAGCUGUCUCGUGGAGACCUGGGGAGCUGUUUCAUCCCAUGCACUCCUAAUGGCUGUAUGGAGCUCAUCAGUCAGACCGGUGUGAGUGUGUCUGGGAAGAAUGCUGUUGUGAUUGGCCGCAGUAAGAUAGUUGGAGCUCCAAUGCACGAUCUGCUUUUAUGGAACCAUGCCACAGUGACCACCUGUCACUCAAAGACUAUUGACCUUGCUGAAAAGGUGGGCAGAGCAGACAUCUUGGUUGUGGGUGCUGGCAAAGCUGAGAUGGUGAAAGGAGAGUGGGUGAAGGAGGGGGCGGUGGUCAUAGACUGUGGCAUCAAUCACAUACCAGAUAGCAGUAAACCCAGUGGGAUACGUGUAGUGGGAGAUGUGCACUAUUCCUCAGCUAAAGAGAGAGCUGGAUUCAUCACCCCAGUGCCUGGUGGUGUAGGACCCAUGACUGUUGCCAUGUUGAUGAAGAAUACAGUUGAAAGUGCAAAGCGGUUUCUGCAAAAAUACAGACCAGGGAAGUGGAGUAUAGACUACACAAAGAAGAAACCCCAAAGGCCUCAGCCAAGUGAUUUUGCAAUCUCCUGUUCAUGCCCGAGCAAACCAGUCGGUCAGCUUGCAAGAGAGGUUGGCCUGUUUUCUGAGGAAGUGGUGCCAUAUGGCAGGAGCAGAGCUAAGAUACGACUGGAUGCCCUGAAACGUAUGGAGAAACAGCCUAAUGGGAAAUAUGUGGUUGUCACUGGAAUUACUUCUACUCCAGAGGGCGAGGGAAAACAAACAACUGCUCUUGGGUUGGUUCAGGCCUUAGGGGCCCACCUGGAAAUAAACUCUUUUGCUUGUGUGCGAGAGCCUUCUCUAAUAUCCUGUUUUGGUGUCAAGGGGGUUGCUGUUGGAGGUGGAUACUCGCAGGUUAUUCCUUUAGAGGAGGUCAGCCUUCAGCCUUCAGGCCACAGUGAGGUCAUCUGUACUGCUAGUAGACUGGUUAUGGACUCCAUUAAAGCACAUGCUCACUUUGAGACCAAGCUAUCUGAGAAGGCUUUGUUUGAUUUAUUGGUUCCUCUUAGAGACGGUCAAAGAUCUGUCUCCACAGCCCAGCUCAACCGACUAAAGAAACUGGCCAUUGAGAAAUCUGACCCCUUGACCUUCACAAAGACUGAGAUAAGAAGCUUUGUCCAACUGGACAUUGACCCAGACACCACAACAGAUUGUGUCUCCUUGGAAAAUGAGAUCAUGGCUGUACUGUCACUAAGCAGCAGUGAGGAGGACAUGCAGAAGAGGCUGACCAAGAUAGUAGUGGCUACAAACAGAUCUGGAGAUCCUGUUACCACAGAGGAUUUGGAUGUCAGUGGCACAUUGGCCAUGCUAUUGAAAGAUGCACUACAACCCAUCUUGAUGCAGACUGUAGAGGGUACACCAGUGUUUGUUCAUACCAGCCCAUUAGCAGACUUUGCCCAUGGCAGUGCCUCCAUCCUGGCAGACAAAAUGGCUUUAAAAAUGGUUGGACCUGAUGGAUUUGUAGUCACUGAGACUGGUCAUGGUGCUGACAUUGGCUUGGAGAAGUUCUUCAACAUUAAAUGCCGCUAUUCAGACCUGCAGCCAGAUGUUGUAGUGAUGGUGACAACCAUUCGUUCCUUGAAGAUGCAUGGUGGUGACCACACAGUCCAAACAGGCUUGCCCCUUCGAAAAGAGUAUUUACAGGAGAACCUCAAGCAUCUAGAGACAGGCUGUUGUCACUUGAGGAAACAGGUGGAAAAUGCACAAGCAUUUGGCUUGCCAGUUAUAGUCGCUGUCAACAAAUUCAGUUCUGAUACCGACGCUGAACUGCAGCUGGUGUGUAGCCAGGCGAGGCAGGCUGGUGCCUUUGAAGCAGUGCAGUGCACUAAUUGGUCUGAGGGGGGCGCUGGAGCGCUGAAUCUGGCCGGUGCUGUUCAGAGAGCUGCUCAACAACCCAACCUGUUCAAGUUCCUUUAUGACCCACAGAUUCCAGCUGUCGAUAAAUUAAGGAUCGUGGCAAAGAGGAUGUACAGUGCGAAGGAUAUAGAGCUCUCUCCAAAAGCUGUAGAGAAACUUGCGCUUUACACAAAACAGGGCUUUGGGAAUUUGCCGGUUUGCGUAGCUAAGACACACCUGUCUUUGAGUAAUGACCCCAUGCUAAAGGGGGUACCCACCGACUUCAUCCUUCCCAUUACAGAUAUCAAUGUCAAUGCUGGAGCUGGAUUCCUCUGCUCUCUGACUGGCUCGACUAAUACAGAAGUGGAUGAUCCCAUGUGGCCCUGUUUCCAUGGCAACAACCUUUACAGUGACCGAAAGUAGCUGGAUGGUUACUUGCAAAGUGGUCAAACUGAACUCGGUUGAAUUAAUGAUCAGUCAUACGUAUUAAUUUUGAAGAAAACUUUUAUUUUAAUAUGGCUAAAUUACUAUGUACAAGUUCAUGAAGACCCUUAAGUUUAAUCAUGGCAUAAGUUUUUGGCUCUAUGGUCACCUGGAGUCCAGGUGUGUUCACUCCUCAAGCAAACAGUUCGAUGCUCUCUCACAACUACACCCACUGUCCUGUUGUGACAGGAAUAGUUCACCCAAAAAAUGUAAUUCUCUUAUUUUUUACUCACCGGCAUACCAUCCCAGAUGUGUAUGAAUUUCUUUCUUCAGCAGAACAUCUCACAAAGUAAGUGAAUGGUGAUCAGACCUUUGUAGCUCCAAAAAUCACACAAAUGAAACAAAGUAAUCCAUAUGAAUAUAGUGUUUAAAUCCAUGUCUUUAGAAGCAAUAUAAUAGGUGUGGGUGAGAAAUAAUAUUAAAUCUGUUUUUUUACUCUAAAUCUCCACUAUAACUUUAACUUUCAGAUGCAAAAGUGAAACUAAACAGGCACCACAUGUGACUUUCAGAUGUAAAAGUGAAAGUGGAGAUUUAGAGUAAAAAAGGACUUACAUUUUGAUCUGUUUCUCACCCACACCUAUUUUAUCACUUCUGAAGAUAUUAAUUUAACUACUGUUUUAUGGAUUACUUCUAUGUUUCCUUAAUGUGAUUUUUGGAGCUUUUAAGGUCUUAUCACCAUUCCCUUGCAUUGUGAGGAUAUACUGAGCUGAGAUAUUUUCUAAAAAUCGUUGUUUGUGUUCUGCUGAAGAAAGAAAGUCAUACACAUCUGGCAUGGCAUGAGGGUGAGUAAAUGAUGGGAGAAUAAUUUAUCAUACCACCACACAAAGUUCAUUCAUCAACCUUUCAAAAUUAGUACAAUGCAACUUUAAAAGUUUUUAUCUUAUGUGAAAACAGUUACUUUAAUUAUUAUUCAACUGUUUUAGUAUAUUUCCAAACUAUCAAUUGUUUUGCUGCGUGCAGCCUCAAUAUUGAAUGAUAAGAGAAUGGUUUAUUUGAGGAAUUCUUCACUCCAUAUAUUGUUUUUACACUGUGUCUUGAAUGAUACGAUAUUUUAGGCAUUGAGCCAUGACCAAGCCUUAGCAUCACAGAUGUUGUGACAAGACCUAAUUGUCUGUAUGAUUCUUAUCAGUCUGUUUAAUUUUUAAGAAAUUGCUGUCAUGAUCUGAUUGUGUCAGCUUUCUGUCAUUACCCAUAGCAUGUUUGCCAGUAUUAUUUAAAGAGACAUUAGAAUGUAUAAUGUGACACAUUGAUUCUUUUUAGAUAGUUUGGUCUCUAUACAUUUAUUCUACAUGUUUAUCUGUGCUAUCCUCUCAAACAAACAAAAUAUCUUGUUGUCUAUUCAUUAAGUUCCCAGUAACUAUAGAUACUUAGCUGACAGCCUCAUUUGUGGCUAUAAUAAGAUAAUUGUACAUUUGUCCAGCUUGUUAGUCCAAUUUAUAUUUAGCCUCUUGUCUUCAAGACAUGUAUUACCCAGAAGCCAUUGCUGCCAUCCACUAAUCAAUGUUCACUCUCAGUAAUCUAUAAGUGUCCUUCCCAGACACCUGGGCUGUGAUUAAAUCAUGUGUGACUAAGGAGAUAAGCUGUAAUACAAAUAUGUUAGGGAAACAGAAAACUCUCAUCUUUCACUUUUAUAUCCAUUUAAACCACACUUAAAUUCCUCUUUGAUUUUUGUGUGUAUCUACUACAAGGCCAAAAAUGUUAUGCAGUGUUGAAUUGUAUAAUGAUUGCUGUUAAAUAAACUUGAUCAUUUAAAGUUGUUGGAGUAUUUCAGGCUCAGGAGUUUUUGUUUUAAAUGAUUGACACUUGCUGUCUUGAUAUUUGUUUGCAAGUUGUUGUUACCAUUAUGAUUUGUGCAAAACCAGUUGCAAAAUACAGUAUAGUAUGGCAUACAGUGUUUUUGCAUUAAAUUAUGGCAUCUCGAACAUGUGUGAAACCAGUGGUGUAGUAGUGUCUGAAGAGAUGGGCAUACUGUGAAAUAAAUAAAUAAAAAUAAAACGUGCAAAAUAUUCAUAUAUUUAUAUUU